AUGCCAGGUGCCCGGCCAUUGGACCAUGCGGAGCUGGCGUACAUCAACCGAACCUCUGACUUCUUCGGCAUUGAUCCAUAUACUGCAACUGUCGUUUCACCUGCCGACGAGGGUAUUGAAGCAUGUGCCAAAAACCACUCGGCGUCCAACUCUCUGUUUCCCUUCUGCGUCAAUCAAGAGACAACGAACCAAUUUGGCUGGAACAUCGGCUAUAGAUCAGUCAGCUACGUAUACAUCACGCCUACAUACUUCCGAGAAUAUCUUUCCUACCUGUGGAAUACAUUCAAGACUCCAGUGUUUGUGAGUGAGUUUGGAUUCCCAGUUUACGGGGAGGCGAGCAAAGAGCUGUCGGACCAGCUCUUCGAUUCACCUCGAAGUGUCUACUAUGCUUCUUUCAUGCAGGAGAUUCUAAAAUCUAUCUAUGAAGACGGAGUGCACGUUAUGGGAGCACUGGCCUGGAGCUUCAUGGAUAACUGGGAAUUUGGCGACUACGCCUCUCAAUUCGGCAUUCAAAAGGUGUGUUCUACUAUGAAGUCACAAUUAACAGAAUUCAGGCUAAAAGCUUCGCAGGUGAAUCGAACUACCCAGCAAAGGUAUUACAAGAAGAGUUUCUUCGAUCUUGUCGACUUUGUCAAGACCCGCCAGCGCUCUCGUUAG